AUGGGUCCGCGCAGGUCACAUCGCAAGUCACGCAACGGCUGCCCUGAAUGCAAAUCUCGCCGCCUAAAGUGUGAUGAGCGCUAUCCCUGCGCCAAUUGUGUCAAGCAUGGUAUACAAUGUAGCUUUGUCGCGCCUGUCCCCUCGACCCGGACAGCAAGCGCGGACUUGAGCGUCUCCACAAACUCAACCUCGCAGUCUUUACCUGUUCAGAGUGGCCCACCCAUUCAUCAUUCACAUGUCCAUCUGCCAGGCUCUUUGGAUGCGCCGACCCCCAACGGCAGCUUUGUGGGAGGUAUCUCUGGCUCUGGUAGUAGCCCGCCUGAAUCGGAGACUCGGUUGGAUCUGCUUAAUCACUUGCCCGAUCCUCGAUAUGAAGUUUCAGGAUAUCGACAGAAUUGGGCCCUGGAUUUGGAAUUGAUGCACCAUUUUUCCACGGUAACAUGCAACACUUUGGCUAUUCGUGAAGAUGCUCGUCAUGUCUGGCGCGUCGUGAUGCCCAUGGAAGGGUACUCGAAUGAGUACAUCCUUCAUGGCAUACUAUCCAUUGCCGCCGUUCAUAAGUCAUAUCUCUCUCCCAUGCCAGCAAAGAAGGAGAAAUACAGCAAAGCCUCUGCAUAUCAUUUGGCCGCAGGCCUCAAGGUCUUUCGAGAAUUGAUCGCGUCUCCGAUCGAUACUGCCCAUUGGCAGACUGUCUUCUGUUUCGCCUCCAUGACCACAAUACACUUAUGUACUGUUCCCCUUCGGCAAGGUGGCGCUCGAUGGCCCGAUCCGAUUGCAAACACCGUGGAACUGCUGUCGAGUGUGAAAGGGUUGCAAGCAAUCAUGAGGCCUUUCCUCCCGUCAUUAGGCAGAUCUCAUUUGGCACCCUUAGCAAAUGCGGUCUGGCUUGAGAGUGAAAUGCGUAUUCAUAGUACAUCACUCUCGCAACACUCGCUGCUACCAUCAGACAUCUGGUUGCAACUUGGUCGCCUCCAUCAAUGGAUUAAAACAUGUCCAAUUCGUCACCUUGACGGGGAUGGUGUUGCCCAGGACAGCGACCUCCAUCAUCGUAAAGACUACGAGAUCGCCAUCCGGGCGCUUGAGAACUCUACACGGCAAAUUGAACUCGCUGGACCUCACCCUGAGGCUGGGAUGAUAUUCCUUUGGGCGUAUCCGCUAUCUAAGCAGUUCUACAAGGCCUUACUGGCACAUUGUCCGGCAGCCCUUGUAAUACUGGCGCAUUGCUGUGUUCUCCUACAAUCUGUCGAUGACCGCUGGUACCUCAAGGGUCUUGCGCAUCAGCUUCUUCAGGAUAUUGAUAGAAACAUCAACCCAGCCUAUCGCGACUGGCUUACUUGGCCUAGACAUUGGAUUUUGCAACCUUGA